UCGUUAUCAUCGUACUUUGCAUAACGAUAGACAUUUCUCUCUGUAUAAGUGAGAAAAUAGAAAAGGAAGAAAAUUAAGCGGAUCGUCGUGAGAAAAUAAAGAAAUAAAGAGAAAAGAGGUAAAAAGACGAUCUCAUGGAAAAGGAGUCGAGAGGAAACAAGUGGCGCUGGCAUCGUCGGCAGUCAGAAGCCGCCGGCUGGGUUGAUGACGGUGACGGUGGCGUGCGAUGAGAACGACGCUUCUAGUGGCAUCAGUCGACGUUCUACGCUCGUACAACGCGGAGCUCGAUGGCGUGUAAUCUUCCUCGAGUUCCUCGAUAGCCGCGUGCUCGAGCGGACUUGUCAAACCUAACACGCGUUUUAUUUUUUUUCGGGAAUCAUCGAAUUUUUUUUCUUGGCAAGGUAAUAAAAAGAGAAGAUGAUGCAUGCCGACUUGAAUAUAUCAAAAUUCUACUCGAGCGGCUUCUACCGCGCGGAUUAUCGGACGAGCGACGCGCGCACGUAAAAAGGACUCUUCGCGUCCCUCCGAUAUACAGAAAGAGUGAGGGAGAAACAGGAAGAGGGAGAGAGAGAUAAAGAAAGUAUAGUCCUUUGAACGACAACCAUCAUCAGAAUGGAACCCGCCAAAGAUCGUCUCACGACGCGUUACUGUGGAUAUCGUCUCGCUGUCGAGAUAUAUGAAAAGAGUCUGGUCAGAGCAGACAGACCUGCGACUUGGUAUCUCGCAUCCGCCAUCCUGGAAGAAUUGGCUGGUCCUACGAUAACGAGCACGGCCAGUUGUAUACCGAGCAUCACUAGCGCGACAACUAUGAUGACGACGACGACGACUACAACGAGUUCAACUACGAUGGCUAUCUCAACGAGUCCCAGCAUGCCAUUGAGAAGAAAGAUCGAAUUCUCUUUUGCCUGUCCCUUCUGCGAAGGGACUCUAUUCGAACCCGUAACCACCAGCUGCGGACACACUUUCUGCAGGAACUGCAUGGAAACGGGAAAAAACUGUCGCGUGUGCGGUCAAAAGAUUCUCACCGUCGGUCAAACAAACGUGCUCGUGCAAAGGCUCGUGGAAAAGUGGUGGCCACGCGAGGCAGAGGCGAGCAAAGCGAGACACGAGGGCGACCUCCUCAUAAAGGAGGGUGACCUGGCUCAGGCUCUGGAUAGGUACAACCUCGCCGUACGACUCGUGCCAAACAGCCCACUCCAUCUUAGCAACAGGGCCCAUGUCUUGCUCUUGUUAAAAAGGCCGCAAGCGUCUCUCACAGAUGCCGAUCAGGCGGUUAGGCUUAGGCCUGAUUGGGGCAAGGGUCAUUAUAGAAGAGGAGUAGCAUUAUCGGCUUUAGGUAGAUACGAAGAAGCCUUUUUCGCCCUUUGCAUUAGCGUUGCCAUCGACAAGAAUCCUCAAGUAGUACGGCACGAACUAACCAGGGUGUUGCAUAGAAUGUUAUUGGCCGAUUUACGUCGGCAGAGCGUCAUGCAGCAGCGCACACCGUACAAUUUAAUAGAAGGUGUGCCCCGCACGAGAAGCCGUCACCAAUUAACAAAUCCCAAGCGUAAUCGACGUGCCGCGUUUAAUAGUUCGGAUUGCGAGGACGAUAGUAGUGGCGGCGAAGAGGAAUUCACACAGACGAUAAGUCGAAGACUUCUCUCGAAUAACGCCAAACUUCAAACGAUCUUGGACCGAGUAUCUCAAGAUAUGGAAAAACUGAAAAGAGUGGAAGCAAGACCGGCGGAGGUUCUAUUACCGCCAUUCGCGGAUGGAACUGUCGGUGAAUUAGACUGUAUUUUAUGCUGUCGACUACUUUGGAAACCGGUAACAACACCGUGUGGGCAUACGUAUUGUUGGAUGUGUCUAGAUAGGUGUUUGGAUUAUUCCUCGGCCUGUCCAUUAUGCGUCACAUCACUCGCCGACUAUCUAGCAAGUAGUCAAAAAACUGUGACCGACUUCAUAGAAAAGGCUCUGAAGAUAGUAGCACCAACUGAAUAUGCAGCUAGAGCAGCGAGUCAUCGACUCGAGUUGGUUCAAGGUCUCGGUCUUUUGGAUAGCGAACAAAUUGCUGUAUUUGUCUGCACCACUGCAUUUCCAUGUGUCGCCUGUCCCUUAUUCGUUUACGAGCCUAGAUAUCGAUUGAUGGUCAGAAGAUGCGUGGAGAGCGGUGUCAAACAGUUUGGUAUCGCUGCGUGUUUGAACAAAGAAUCAAGCGGUACUAAAAGGUACGCGGAAUAUGGCACGAUGCUUGAAAUUCGAGAUCGCGUGUUACUGAAGGAUGGCUGUAGUAUUCUUAGUACGCUCGGGAGAAGAAGGUUCAGAGUCCUUUCUGGUGGUGAAAGAGACGGAUAUGAUACAGCUCAUGUUGAAUUUCUAAGGGACACAGUGGUACAAGGAAAUCAAUUAUUGAAUCUGCUGGAAUUACACGAUAAGGUACGAGCUAAAGGUAGAAGAUGGUGGAACACAGUGCCGUCUUUUCAACAAUCCGAAAUUCAACGAGUCUUCGGUCGCAUGCCCGACACGGAAGAAGAUUGGCCGAGACUUCCGGACGGACCUUCGUGGACGUGGUGGUUAUUAGCCAUCUUGCCUCUUGGUCCGCAACUUCAAGUUGGUAUAUUGGGUACUACUAGUUUGGAAAAGAGACUGAGAGCUAUCGAGAAGACUUUAGAUCACAUGGAACAGAGACAACUCACUGUUGCGCCUGCACCGUCGGAAGAAACUACAACUUCUUCGAGUAUUUGCAGAGAUAGACGGGCCAUCACGGAGAGGACGGUCCCAGUUUUUCAGCAAUCCUAGAGAUUUUCUACAUCGUCUUUUCUAUUCCUCUAGAUUCUUUAAAUAAGACCUUCGCCUAAAACUCCAACGCGAAAGGAAUAGAAGAACGACCGAUCGAUAAUCAAUCUUCGACGAUGGAUAGAUUAACAGAUUCGAGAUAUAUCGACUUUCUCGAAUCAUUCUACUCGAAUCCUUCCUAUCUUUCUUCCUUCCUUUUCCUCUCGCGUCCUUUUAAUCAAGUAUUUUCGCUCGAGUGCUCGCUCCAAUAAUUUGGCACUCGUUAAACUCUUAAUCGGAUGCCUUAUCGACGAAUUAAUAUUACGAGCGAUUUCGCAAGAGCGACAUAUCCGGUGUAACAAAAUAAUGUAAAAAAUUUAUAAGCUAGAUCGCUAAACUCGAUGAGGCAAGCCGAUUUCCUUUCCGCUAUUGCAAUAUGCAAAUCUGUUCUUCCAAAAUAUUAUAUAUAUAUAUAUAUAUAUAUAUAUAUAUAUAUAUAUGUAUAUAUAUACAUACACAUACAUAUAUAUAUAUCUAUGUAUAUGUAUAUGUAUAUACACACGACACGAUACUAUACAUUUAUGUGUACACCUACGCGCGUACGGCUGAUAACGUUUGCCGACGAAGAGCUGAUUAUUAUAUAAGGUUUUAACGCGUCAUAAACAAUUUCUUAAGCUCUCACAUCGUUUCAAGUCCGAUGCACACUUUACGAACGAGUAAUCAAACCUUCGACCAAAAAGAUAAAUACUUUUAUUAAGAA